AGUGCUGAAGACAUGGCGGACAAAGACGAAAAUGAGAAGACCAUCGCCGAAGACUUGGUUGUCACCAAGUAUAAAAUGGCCGGCGAGAUUGUAAACCGAGUCUUGAAGCAAGUCUUGGAAAAAUGCGUCGCUGGUGCUUCGGUGAGAGAAGCUUGCGAGUACGGAGACAAGUUAUUAUUGGAAGAGACAAGUAAAGUCUUUAAAAAGGAAAAAGAAUUAAAGAAGGGAGUAGCUUUUCCCACGUGUGUGUCGGUAAACAAUUGUAUAUGCCACUUCUCCCCAAUCGCCAGCGAACCCGAUCUUAUUCUUAAAGAAGAUGACGUGGUCAAAGUUGAUCUUGGAGCACAUGUCGAUGGGUUUAUUGCGGUAGUAGCACAUACCUUUGUAAUCGGUUCCUCGCCUGAAAAGAAAGUCACUGGAAAAAAAGCGGAUGUGAUUUUAGCCGCGCAUUAUGCUUCUCAAGCUGCCCUGAGGCUCCUUAAGCCUGGCACUGAGACUUAUACGAUAACAGGGACGGUAGAGAAAAUCUGUGACGCUUACAAGUGUAAGCCUAUUGAGGGCAUGUUGAGCCAUCAAUUGAAGCAGUUCAAAAUCGACGGGGAAAAAACCAUAAUUCAAAAUCCAAAUGACGCGCAGAAGAAGGAGCACGAAAAAUACACCCUUGAGACGCACGAGGUUUAUGCUAUGGACGUUCUAGUAAGUUCAGGUGAAGGAGUAGGUCGAGAACAAGACACGCGUGUGACAAUUUACAAGAAAACCGAGGAAACUUAUCAACUGAAACUGAAAGCCUCGCGAAUGUUCUACUCGGAAGUGACCCACAAACAUGGUCUUAUGCCAUUUAAUCUUCGUACUUUCGAGGACGAGAAGAAGGCGAAGAUGGCUGUCGUAGAAUGUGUUAAUCACAGACUGAUCGAGCCUUUCCAGGUUUUAUAUGAGAAGCCGACUGAGUAUGCAGCGCAGUUCAAGUUUACAGUCUUACUAAUGCCCAACGGACCACACAAAAUAACCGGAUGCCCGAUCGAUUUGGAUUGUUAUCAAUCUGAGUGCGUGGUAGAAGAUCCCGAAUUGAAGUCUCUUCUGCAGUCCUCCGCAAAUCCAAAGUCCGCCAAGAAGAAGAAAAAGAAGGCGGAAAAGGCAGUGGGAGAGAGCAGAGAAUCGGUGCAAAUUGAGACAAUGGAAAUUGACGCCAAGGCCUAACACAAUCAUUUUAGCUAAAGCAAUAAUGCAAUGCAAACAAAUAAAUAAAUAAAAAAACAAACAACAACAGCAGCAACAAAAAAAAAACAAAAAAAGAGUGAUGCAGGAUGCCUUCGCGGAAUAUUUUCAAGUCAUUUUGACUCUAGCGACUACUGAUUCCCUGUAAAAAGUCUUUAAUCAUUUCCGUCUCGGUCAUCUCUACUUGUGUUUUCGCAAAAAAGUACUGAGUCUUUUCUUUUUUUUUCUCUCUCUACUUAUUUUCAAAACUAAUCAUACAUUUCCUAUUUAUCGGCGCUUACGUAAAUCCCUUCUUUUCUUUUUUUUUAUACUCGAAUAUUUCUCAUUUAAUUAAUUAAUUAAUAUUUUUUAUUAAUUAAUAAUUAAUCGCAUUGGCACACUUGACUGGCUUCUUUUUAGUUUUUUGUAACAUUUUUUUUUGUCGGCUCUUUGACAGUUGAAAAAGUUGGUUCUUGCAAAUUUGGUGAUUCGCUUUCUUUCUUUUGGAUUUUCUUUUUUUCUUUUGUUUUGUUUUUUUUUUUACUUAAUUGUGCCAUUGCGAAAUCCUGAAUUUUCUGUAAGAAACUGUUUUUUUUUCUUCAUUUUUUUUAAACUGCACGCGAAAACGUUUCAAACUAGGAAAAAAAUAAAAUCUUGGAAGGGUGGAGGAAGGAGUCGAGCGAAUUUUGAUUGAAAAAAAAAAAAAAUGUUUGAAAACAUUGGGACGAGUUAAAUUCGCUUCGUCUUCUUCGACAUUUGCAUAUAUAUUGAAAAUAUUUAAGGAAAAAAAAAGUAAAUAAAGAGAUUAAAAAAUCAUCUUUGCUUCCAUUUGUAACCAUGGGUGUCAGCCGAGCCAAAAAAUGAAUGAUACCGAGCAUUUAUUACUCAGGCAUGAUAAUAAAUUGUUGCAUUUCGUACGUUAAUUUACCUUUGCCCCUUUUUUUUAUUUUAAUUUUAAUUUUUUUUUAUAGAAUCGCGAAUGGUUAUUCAUAGUUGAUACAUUUGAAAUAAUUUUUAAAUGAAAAGAAGAAUGUAUCAUCGUUUUUAAAUGUAAGCAAAUAUAUAAUAAUUUUGCACGACUUGAAAUUGAGAAAAAAAAAACAUAAAAUUGUGGAAUAUUGUGUGCUUGAAAAUGCGAGGAAAUCGGUUGCAGAUAUUUUUUCUACUCGAGUUACGCAUUUUCGAUUGUUAAAUUACUGCUGAAUCAAAAUUAAAAAAAAAAUAAAUAAAUAAAAAAAGAAGAUUC